AUGAUUAUCAAACAACGAUAUUUCAAACUUCGUGAUAGUAUACCCGGACUUGAACCUCAACUAUUCAUUGGAAAUCUUUGGCAAACAGCUGUCAUAGCUGGCGAAUCUCUCUAUAAUGUAUGGUUAAAAAUGCAUCGAAUAUAUGGUGAUAUCUAUCAAUAUUGGAUUGGUUUUAAUCAUUUUUAUGUAUUCAAUAAAUUGGAACAUGCUAUACAUAUACUCUAUGAAUGUGGUAGUAAAUAUGAACGAACAGAAACAGCUUUACUUAUGUUUCGUUCAUUUCAACCAAACGGACUCGAAGCAAUCAAAGGUGUUGCACACAAACAAUUAGUUCGUCUAUUGGGUCCAUUAUUUCGUAAGACGAAUAUGCCUUCGUAUACGAAUGAGGCUAUAGAAUGUAUCGAUGGAAUGAUAACUUCAUGGUGUCGAAGUAUCGAUAAAAUUCCACGAACAGAUCUUGUCGAUCAAUUCUCUUUACUUUCAUUCGAUCUUGUUGCUAAACAAUUGUUUGCUGGUUAUGAUCUACAAGUAUGGUCGGAUCAAUCGAAUCAUGAUGCUCAUCAAUUACUUACAUCAAUGUCCGAUAUUGCUCGACAUGUUCAAAUUAUUGCUCGAUAUUGUUUACCUGAACCAUUGGCCAAUGUCUUUGUUAAGACAAGUCCAAGUUUUCGACGUGCUGUUCGUACAGUAAAUAGAAUAGCUGACAAGAUUGUUGAUCAUCUAUUUGAACAACAAGAAAAUCAACAACAGGAUCAGUUCAUGGACGAAGAUGAUACUGGUAUCGAAGUCAGAACAAAAAGUUUGAAAGAUUUGUCUCCAUCGAGUAAACAAUCAGGUACACUAUUGGCGCCGUGGCGUAAACAAGUCUCUGAUUGGAUCUUGUCUUUUCUUGGUGGUUCAUUUGAUACAACUAGUGUUUAUGCAUGGUUUGUUUACUAUAUGAGUAAAUAUCCAGAAGUGCAAGCAUCGAUUAAACGUGAAUUAGCCGAACAUGGAAUUGAUCGACGGGCAACAUUACCUAUCACUUCGGAGAUAAUCGCGUCUCUUGACUAUGUUGAGUGUGUUCUCAAAGAAGUGUUACGUCAUGCACCCAUUAUUGAACAUGUUCAACGACAAGUAAUUUGUGAAGAUGAACUCGAUGGUGUUUCAUUACAUGUCGGCGAUCAAGUACUUAUUCCAUUGGCAAGUAUUCAUCGAAGUCCAAAACUAUGGCAUCAUCCAGCGGGUCCAGAUGCUUUUGUACCCGAACGAUUUCUCACCGAUGAUAAACAUCAUCAUCCACAAGCAUUGGUUAUAUUUGGUGGUGGUCAUCGUCGUUGUAUUGGUCAACACUUAGCUCGAUUCCAUUUGAAACUGUUCAUUGUACGUACCAUGCAAAUGCUCACCUUUCAUGAUGCACCCGGCAACGAGGGAACUUGUUUAACGAAUAUUACCGGUGUACCAUCAUCACUCAUCGUUCGUAUCACUUUCGACAAUGAUGCUCAGUGA